AUCUCCAGCGUCUGCCUUCUUGGCCUGAAAGGCAAGCAUCCGGUUUCUUAGGUCUGCUCGGGAGCAGAGGCCGCGCACCUGGGGUGAACCUUCACAGGCCUCUACUCUCUUCCAGGAGCAGCAGAAAAUGAACGUGGCUCAGGGAUCCGUGUCAUUCGAGGACGUGACCAUGGAGCUCACCUGGGAGGAGUGGCGGCAGAUGGGCCCCGGGGAGCGGAGCCUAUACAGGGACGUGAUGCUGGAAAAUUACGGCCACCUUGUCGCAGUGGGGUGCUGCAUUACCAAACCCAAGGUUAUCCACAUGUUGGAGCAAGGAGAAGAACCAUGGUCCCUAGAAGUCAAAUUCCUAAACCGGAAGUACCCAGGAUAUUAUAAAAUUGAUGACAACAUACAAGAGAUUCAGGAAAAACAAAAGAAGUCUCUGUGUCAAGUAAUAUUCAUUGAUGACAAUGAUAAAACAUUGAGUAAAGAAGAACAGAAAGCAUACCUCAUUCAGUAUCAGAGGACUCAUUCAGGGGAGAAACUUCAAUAUGAAGAAUGUGGGAAAUCCUCUUGUACAAGUUCACACUCUAUUCAGCAUUCUGGAGCUUAUGUGGGAUUCAGACUUUAUGAAUGUAAUGAAUAUGGGAAACCUUUCUGUCAGAAGUCAAACCUUAGUGAACAUGUUAGAAUUCACACAAAGGACAAAACUUAUGGUAACAAUGACUGUGGGAAAUCUUACAGGUCACCCCUUGUAGGACAUCAGAAAACAGAAACAAAGAUGAAUCUCUGUGAAGGCAGUGAAUGUGGGAAAACAUUCUUCAAGAUGGCAUGUCUCAAAGAACAUUGGAGAAUUCCCAUUGAGGAGAAACCUUAUGAAUGUAUUGAGUGUGGGAAAACUUUCUUCACAUCAUCACAUCUCAGAGCACAUCAGAGAAUUCACACAGGUGAUAAACCCUAUGAAUGUAUUGAAUGUGAGAAAACUUUCUCUCACAAGACACACCUCAGUGCACAUCAGAGAAUCCACACAGGAGAGAAACCCUAUGAUUGUACUGAAUGUGGAAAAUCUUUUACCUGUAAUUCAGCCCUAAAAACACAUCAGAGAAUUCACACAGGUGAGAAACCCUAUGUAUGUGCUGACUGUGAGAAAACUUUUGCCCAUAAUUCAGCCCUCAGAGCACAUCAGAGAAUUCACACAAGGGAGAAACCUUAUGAAUGUAAAGAAUGUGGAAGGUCUUUUGCUUGUAUUUCUGUUCUCAAAGCACAUCAAAGAAUUCAUACAGGUGAGAAACCCUAUGACUGUAAUGAAUGUGGGCGAUCUUUUACCUUCAGUUCAGGUCUAAUAGCACAUCGGAGAAUUCACACAGGUAAGCCCUAUGAAUGUAGUGACUGUGAGAAAACUUUUACCCAUAAUACAGCCCUCAGAGUACAUCAGAGGAUUCACACAGGGGAGAAACCUUAUGAGUGUAAUGAAUGUGAGAAAACUUUUACCCGUAAUUCAGUGCUUAGAGCACAUCAGAAAAUUCACACAGGGGAGAAACCCUAUGAAUGUAAUGAAUGUGGAAAAACUUUCACUGAGAAGUCACAUGUUAGUGCACAUCAGAGAGUUCACACAAGGGAGAAACCCUAUGAUUGUAAUGAAUGUGGGAAAACUUUCUCCCAGAAGUCACACCUUAGUACACACCAAAGGACUCACACAGGACAGAAUCCUUAUGAAUGUAAUAAAUGUGGGAAAACUUUUUCCCAGAAGUCACACCUUAGUACACACCAGAGGACUCACACAGGGGAGAAACCCUAUGAAUGUAAUGAAUGUGGGAAAACUUUCUCUGGUAAGUCAUAUGUUAGUGCACAUCAGAGAGUUCACACAGGGGAGAAACCCUAUGAAUGUAAUAUUUGUGGAAAAUCAUUUGCCUUUGACUCAUCCCUUAGAAUGCAUCAGAGAAUGCACACAGGUAUGAAAUCCUAUGGUUGUAAUGAAUGUGGGAAAACUUUCUACCAGAAGUCACAACUUAGGGUACACCAGAGGACUCACACAGGGGAGAAACCCUAUAAAUGUAAUGCAUGUGAGAAAACUUUCUCCCAGAAGGCAAACCUUAGUGCACACCAGAGGACUCACACAGGGGAGAAACCCUAUGAAUGUAAUAUAUGUGGGAAACCAUUUGCCCUUAACUCAUCCCUUAAAGUGCAUCAGAGAAUUCACACAGGUGUGAAAUCCUAUGGAUGUGAUGAAUGUGGGAAAACUUUCGCCCGGAAGUCACACCUUAGUACACACCAGAGGACUCACACAGGGGAGAAACCCUAUGAAUGUAAUGAAUGUGGAAAAACAUACUCCAGAAAUCUCAGAGUACACCAGAGAAUUCACACAGGGGAGAAACCCCAUGAAUGUGGUGAACGUGGGAAAAUUUUUUUUCAUAAGGCAGCUUUACGAACAAUGCGUACUAGAAUGCAUAUCAGAGAGAAAACCCUAACACAUCAUGAAUUUGAGAAAUCCUGAAUUAACUCAUACCUUAUUUUAUACCACACAGCGGAGAAACUCUUGUCAUGUAGACUGGAAAAUUGUUUUCCUUAACAUUUUCCAUUUCCACUAGGCUCGUAGCUUGUUGAAAAUCCCAAUCUCAUUCACCAGGUGGGCUGACCAAAGAAUAUGAUGCUAAUGAUAAAUAUUACAUUUAGUCCUGGCCCCUAAACAUCUUACAGUCUUCCUGGUCCAUGGUAAGCUGGGAUUGAGAUGAUUUCCACAGCAAGUUGGCUUUUGUGUGUUGAAUGUAGUGGAGCACAAGGUUAAAAGAAGCUAGAGUCUGAAUAACUGUUUGGAUUAUAAUUCUCUGCUUCCACAUCUUCAUCAGUUGCUUGUUUUUCAAGCAAGAAUUAAGUUUGUUUUCCACUGAGUUCUCAGAUUUGACCUAUUAGUUAAAUGCAUUGUUUUGUUGUCUCUCUAUUAGACUAGGAUGAAAUCCUAUUACCAUAAUACAUUUCAGAAGAAGUGUAAUAAUUCAGUUUUACUGUAUAUCAGAGACUUCACAUGAAGAAGAAAAUUGUCAACAUCCUGAAUAAUCAGAAGCCUUCCUUAAAGUCAGAGACAUUUCAGGGAAAAACACAAAAGCCUUCACAACAAAAUUAAUUGUAUUAAACAUUCAAAUAAUUAGGAUAAAAUUUUAUAUUUUGAAUAAAUAAUUUUUAUCAAAUA